CUACAUGUAGUUUUAUUUAAAGCUCACCACACAAUGAGAUAGCUCCAAAAGUUUUUUGUGCAUUUGUGUACGUGUAGGAGGAGAAGAAGAUGACAUUCUUUUGUCGUUUCAAAAGCUCUACCCUGUGUAUGGGAGUGUGUUGGUUGAUGAUAGUUGCUCUGGGCCCUCUGACAGUGUGCUCUGAGGACCUGUAUCGAGUCCUGGGUGUGUCUCGAUCUGCCAGUGAGAGUGACAUCAAGAAUGCUUACAGGAAACAGGCCAAGCUUUGGCACCCUGAUAAAAAUCGAUCACCAGAUGCCCGAGAUAGAUUCACUGACAUCAAUGAAGCAUAUGAGGUAUUAUCUGAUUCUGAGAAGAGACGUAACUAUGACGUAACAGGCCGUGUGGGAGAGUCUCAUCCCCAGAGCCAUGGCUUCCCUCGAGGACAAGGUUUCAAAUUCUCAGAGGGGGGAUUCAGAUUCGUGUUCCAGUCUUCUGGGCCCACCCAUCGUAGUGACGGUAUAGGUACUCAAGUGUUUUAUGCAGAGAUCCUGGGCAAUAGUCAUCAUAAGCCAUACCUGCUUAAUUUUUACACGGACUUCUGCAUGCGCUGUGCUGAUGUGGAGGUCAUAUGGAAGGCUAUGCACACGGACCUCUCCUCUCAAGGGGUCGGUCUUGGUAGUGUGCACGCUCGACUACACCCCCAGAUCAUUCAACACUGUGGUGUAAGUCAUGUGCCCUCCAUUGUGGGUGUGGUCUCUGGUAGAGUGCAUCGCUACUACGGCCAGCUGAGAGACAAGAACACCAUCAUCAGCUUCCUCGAUAACAUCUUACCAAAGCAUAUUAUCACUCUGAUCACUGAGAGCAAUGUGGACUCGUUCCUCUCAGAGGCCAUAGCCAGGAAUCGUCCACGCUUGGUACUGUUCACUCCGAGGGACUCUCCCUCCUUGCUCUACAAGCUGACAGCCUUUGCUCAUCAGAGAACGGCAGACUUUGGGUUUGUAACUACAGUGAGAGGAGAUGGAGUACUGUUGCAAAGGUUUGGGGUGAGGAUUGGAGAAAAGAGACUAGCUGUGUUUAAGGAGUAUCACCUGCCAACCACUGUCAUGAAGGGUCCUCUGAACAAGGCUGUCCUGCAGUCAGCAGUGGAGGGGCUCAUUCUCUCCCUCCCUAGGCUCUCCUCACAGCACAUGCUUGACACAGUCUGCCCUCUCUCAGGAAUCAGUUUCUGUGUUGUCCUGCUUGUCAGUGGGCUGGCUGAAUACAAUGAUUCUCUGACAGCUGCCUUCAGGAGAAUACCAGCCGAGGAGCCUUCAUUGGUAGAUAAGUUUGCCUACAUUGAUUCCACAAGGCAAACGGAGUUUCUGACACCCCUUCCCCCCAUCACUGGUGUGGCCUGCUCCUCAGGGGGGACUGCAAGACCAGUUCUCAUAUUGAGCCGAGCAUACAACCGGUUCAGCUGGUUUGAUGGGUUCUGUGAUAUGGACACACUUCUCUCUCAUCUCUCGUUACUGAGGGCCAAUAGCGCUGGCAUGAGACCACUACCACGCCUACCAACACUCAAGGAUGAGGAGGCUCCGGGAUGGUUGGGUCGGAUGUGGAAUAGAGUGUCUGAGUUUGUCCUUGACCUCAACGACUUCCUCCUAGCUCUAGAGAGUGGCGUGUACACUCCAAUGAUGAGCCUGCUGUUUGCUGUGCUGGUGUUCUGCAUGGUGGGACUGUGCCUAGGCUCUGCAGAGGACCCAGACAACAGGCUACGAAAAAAUGUUGAAAAACAGAACACUGACCACACUACUCACAAUGAAAACCACCCACUCCACACUCCUCACAGGUCACACCAGGCACAUCUGUACCAAAUGAACCAACACUCUUACGAAACUUCUGUCGAAGGAAAGCACGGUCAGGCACAAAUAGCAUUAGUCAUUCUUAUUGAUUCUCACAACGAAAGUGAAGCGAAACAAAUGAUGCGAGCUUUUCUGAAAGUUACUAGUCAAUACAGGGACCACAGACUGACACUAUGGUACCUCUGCUACAGAACUCACGAAGAUUGGCUCGAGACUAUGCUGGAACAAUGUAUCGGAAUGAAGUAUGAUAAAAUUGGAAUGCGUGUUUCGGACUGCUUGUCUGGGAAUGUGGCUACUGUGGUUGCUUUACUGGGCUCUAAAAAGCAACUGUGCGUAUUUCCAGAGACAGAACCCACAAAUAAUUGUAAUGGGAACUCAAACUUCGAUGACACCCACUUGAAUACUCACGUAAAAACUCCGUCAGUAGGAGAUACUCUUGGGAGUGUGCUCGAUUUCGAUGAUGAGGAUAGUAACUCAAAUAGAAGAGCUCAAGAGAAUGGAGGUGUUACGCAGCAAAAUGGCAGUACAAGAGGUGAUGGUGUGUGCAGUAGAGCUGAGCAAAUAAGAACUAAUUUUGAAACCUGGAUGGAGAAGUUUGCAGACGGCACUCUGAAGCGAUACAAAGUGACAACCUGGCCAUCAUGGACUUAAUUUUACUGCUUUUAUUUAAUAUAUUACGUACCACUAUAGUUAUUUAUUCACUCACGUUCGUGGCCUUUAUGCGUAUAAUUAUAGCCUCCUUCGUAGGUUCUUCUA